UCAUAACACUGCGAUGUUUAGUCGUCGAGUCGUCUUACGAACCCUCCGGCCUUGCUCAAGACGCCCAUCCUCAACCAAAGCACCCUCUGUUGCUACUACCUCUUUACAGUCAAUUCCUGCUGAAAAUACUCCAACCGGCAUCGCACCUCAAGCUCCCAAUUAUCCGACACCAUGGUCAACGAACCAGCGGCCCCGACCUGCUGCGCGUUCUGGUCCCCGCUUUGAGCAAACUAUCAUGGACCUUCAACCGAAUCCGUUCAGUGCCAUGGAGCUCAUAGCCAGUGAGCCCGCGCGCAUUGUACAAGGUCGCAAGGCCGUCUGUGAUGGUGGUGGAGGUCCCCUAGGUCACCCCAAAAUCUUCAUAAACUUGGAUAAACCUGGUCCACAUGCAUGUGGCUAUUGGUAAGUUGAUGCCUCACCGAAUGGGGGCCCCGGCUCACAAUACUGCAGCGGGAUCCAGUUUGAACAAGCU